AUGUAUGAACCAGAUGAGUCAGUAUGCAUCGAUGAAACAAUGGUACCUUUUAGAGGCAGGUUAAAUUUUCGCCAAUACAUACCUGGAAAAAGGCACAAGUAUGGUAUAAAACUUUUUAAAUUGUGUAUGAAAGGAGGUUACACUUGGCAUAUAAAAAUAUAUGGUGGCAAAGAAAAAGAACCUGGAAAACAAGUUGCUACAAGUGUUGUACUUGAGUUAAUGAAACCAUUAUUAGGGGCUGGCCGAACACUUUAUACUGAUAACUACUAUACAAGUGUUGAUUUAGCACAUAAAUUGUUAGAUAAAAACACACAUUUAGUUGGUACGUUACGCAGAAAUCGGAAAAACAAUCCUAAGCCCGUUUUGAAUUCUAUACUAAAAAAAAAAUGA